GGAGUGGGGACUAGUGGGUACAAGAGGGCCCCGGCCAGACUCUGCAGCGUGUGUCACAGAGCUCACACCCAUGUCCCUGCCCAGCGCCAUGGCGAGGGCCGCGGCCCUGUACAGAUGCCGUGUUCUGGCCUCGGUACUGGCACUGAAGGAGCUGGUGCCCAGGCUAGCUGCCCCUUCCCCCCGCUCAUCAUGCCGGGCCCUGCACACCUCAGGUGCCACCCCCGCCGGCCACAACAAAUGGUCCAAGGUCAAGCACAUCAAGGGCCCCCGGGACGUCGAGCGCAGCCGGCUCUUCCAGAAGCUCACCAUGCUGCUGCGCUUUGCUGUGAAAGAAGGGGGACCCAACCCUGAUCUCAAUUCCAACCUGGCCAACAUCAUUGAGCAGUGCCGGAGCAAGAGCAUGCCCAAAGCAUCCAUUGAGGUGGCCAUCAAGGGAGGGGACAAAGGGAAGAGCUCCUCGUACCUGCUCUACGAAGCCAGAGGCCCUGGGGGAUCUGCGCUGCUCAUUGAGGUGCUGACGGACAAUGCAAAGCGAGCCUACCAGGAUAUUCGGCUCAUCCUGAGCCGCAAUGGGGCGCAGAUGUCCGACGGGGCCCGGCACAGCUUUGACAAGAAGGGGGUGAUCACGGUCAGCGGGCAGGACUCUCAGCAGAGGCCAGUGGCCCUGGAGCAGGCCCUGGAGCUGGCGAUCGAGGCCGGGGCCCAGGAUGUGUGGGAAGAAGACGACGAGGAGGAGCGAGCAGUUCUGAAGUUUGUGUGUGAGGUGCCAUCACUGCACCAGGUGCGGGAGAAGCUGGACUCGCUGGGGCUACAGUCGCUCUCCGCUGCCCUGGAGUUCAUCCCCAAUGCCAGGGUGCGGCUGUCUGAUGAGGAGAUGGAGCGGGCAUCCCAGCUGCUGGCCACGCUGGGCGACUGCCAGGAGGUGAUCCGGGUCUACGACAACAUCGAGUAGGGGCCAGCGCAGGGGGGUAGCAGAUGGAUGGUGACAAGGCACGUCGGUCCCGGCUUGGCCUAGUCCUGGCCUAAGAUCAGCCCAUAUGGUGGGCAAUGGGUGCAGCUCAGCUUGAGAUCCUCCUGUAUGGACGGCAACCGGUGUGUGGUUCACAGCUUGGCCUAGUCCCUUGGAUCAGGAGCCCAUGGGGCAACCAUUUCAGGACUCUGCCUCAUCCUGCCCUGGGAUUGGACGCCUGAGCGCCACGUGGUUUAGGGCUCGGCCCAAGAUGGGGCUUAAUUUGAGAUUUCUUCCCAGGGUGAACCAUCCCCAUCGCUUUCGGGCCAUUAGUAACAGGUGCAGCU